GGGGAGGGCGGAAUCUGUGAGGCGGACCUGACUCCAUUUGUAAUGAACGAUCUGAUGAGCGGGGUUCAGAUCAGGGCUGGCGCUGAGGCCAAUGAGGAGACGAGCGAGAUAAAUGGGAAAUAAAUUCUAACCGCUUUGAAAGGAUCUCAGCCUCCGCGUAGCCGGCGGUGACGGGACGCAGCGGAGCGGAUAAGCCGCGGUCAACGCACCGGGGAGCGGACAGCAACCGUCUAGCGACCCGAUGGUAUUUCAAAGCUGCACAAGGAAUAUGGUGGAUGUUUGAGAAGCCACAUCGAAACAUUUGGACAGCUGGAUUUGUAUGAAUAAUCUCUUAAAGGGAGACGGUGAAAUUAAAGGGCACGACUGCACAGCGCGCAGAGGCAGCAUGAGCGUGUUUUCUGCAAGCGAGGCAGAGCAGUGCGUUUGAGUAGGACAUGGCAAACGGAGGAGACCAGUUCGGCCUCCCAGAACGUCCGGACUCGGACUGCAUGGAUUCACCAAAAGAACCCAAACAAGAAAAUCACUCCUACACUUUAAACUCACCAGCUUCUCCACAAACUGCGUCCAGUCAGCAGGGGAUGGAAGGAAUCAAAGUUUUUCUUCAUGACAGGGAGCUGUGGACGAAGUUUGAUGAAGUGGGAACUGAAAUGAUCAUCACUAAAGCUGGAAGGAGGAUGUUUCCCAGCUACAAGGUGAAGGUCACAGGGCUCAACCCUAAAACCAAAUACAUACUCCUCAUGGAUAUUGUACCCGGAGAUGACCACCGCUACAAAUUUGCAGACAACAAAUGGUCCAUAACGGGGAAAGCAGAACCCGCGAUGCCCGGCAGGCUGUAUGUCCAUCCGGACUCACCCGCCACCGGCGCGCACUGGAGCCGCCAGCUCGUCUCCUUCCAGAAACUGAAACUCACCAACAACCACCUGGACCCCUUUGGACAUAUAAUACUCAACUCCAUGCACAAAUACCAGCCCCGUCUCCAUAUUGUCAAGGCGGACGAGAACAACGGCUUCGGCUCAAAAAAUACGGCUUUCUGCACCCAUGUCUUCUCUGAGACGGCCUUCAUUGCUGUGACAUCCUACCAGAACCACAAGAUUACGCAGCUGAAGAUUGAGAAUAAUCCUUUCGCUAAGGGCUUCAGAGGCAGCGACGACAAUGAGCUGCAUCGCAUGGCCAAGCUACAGGGUAAAGACUACCCUGUGGUCCCUCGCAGCACUGUCCGUCAAAGAUCAUGCUCAGCCGGGAGUCCCUUUAGUAUGGAGGGCCGUGGGCUGCGGGGCUCACCGGAGGGCGUCAGAUCCCCUUACAGCUGUGAGAACGGUCUGAACAGCAGUAGUCCACAGGAGAUGCUGAGCGCUCCACCCACCCACUACACCCUGUCUCACCCUCACCUGCAGCACAGUCAGCACCCACAGCUGUACCACUGCACCAAGAGGAAAGUGGAGGAAAACUGUUCUCCAGGAAACCGCCAGCACCCGUAUAAAAAAGCCUUCACAGGGAACUCUCCAAGUGAGGGCGAGUCUUACUGUCACCCCUCCUCCUACCCUCCUCCUCCUCCACCAGGGUUACCAAAUAAUGCAGUCUUGGGUCUCACUGACUCCCCCUACAGCUCAGACAUGGGACAGCGUCAGGCUUGCAUGUUCGCCGGCUCAGAGUCCAGACUGGAUGAACUCAACUGUGCAUCCUGGUCAUACACCUGUACACUCCCCUCUGCCAUGACGCCCAUGGACCCUUACCCACCUUACACUCCUCACCCCCCCUACAGCUCUAGCCCUCAGGGCUCUCGACUCAGUGCCAUAGCCCACCAGAGCUCUCCACAUCUGGGGGAGCACAUCACUCACGACCCAUACCAGAGCCAGAGCUCCGGACCUGCAGCUCAGAGCUCCCAAAACAUUCACAGCCGGCAGCUCAGCCCCCCUCUCAGAGAGUACCCCCGCUACACCCCCAACCUGUCCCCGCCUCUCUACCACACACUGGAAACUCACACACACAUCCGGUGUGGGGUUCCUGAGUGGAGUGCAGCCUCCUAACUACACCAGAGGACGUACAAAGACUGAUCAAUGGACAGAGAUUUCUGACAGAUGCUGCACCAUAUACAGGAUAAUUAUGACAAUACCUUUGUAAUAUAAUUGUGAAAAGUGUAAUCUUGUGCUGUGUGAACAGAUCUCCUCUGUUACUCGUGUUUCUCAGAUGUGCUGGACGAAGCAGUGGAUUGUUCAAGGUUAAUCCAAACUUCAUGAAGCUUCUGCGUUAAAAAAAGAAAAAGAGAGAGAGCAGCACAAUAAACAUCAAAGUUGUACUUUAAUGUCUCUUCGUACCCCAAAGACUGGUGUCAUCCAAAUGUUUGCACUGUGAGCCCUGUUAAGACCAGACCGUGAACAGUACUUGGCUGUUUCCCUCUCAGUGACUCCUAGUCUCUGCAUUGUGAGCGAUGUAAAUUGUGACCCACUGUCACAUUAAAAUGAUCUCAGCUCUCACAGCAGAGCUUGAGGGAGACAUUUCCUCUCUUUAGUGGAGCAAAGCACAGCUCCAUGCUCAGUCUCAGUGAUGGAAAAAAGGCAUUUGUUUGUGUGUGCAUGUGUGUGUGUUUGUAUGUAUAGCCCAUGUCAGCUCAGCUCAAGAACGCUAUGAGUUAAUUUCCAAUGAGACAGGCAGUAGUAGCUGCAGGCGCUGCACAUGGAGAUAAACACUUUAGACCAUGCUACAGGCUGAAAGACCUGUAAACACUGUUUCCACUGCAUUCUGGGUAAAUGCACAACUCAGCAUCACACAGCUGUCACCACUGUCCUCUCAGUCACCCCCGGCUGACCAAUCACACCCUUCAUUCAUUCAGAGGUAACCAAUCAGCCAGCUCCUCUCUUUUAUCCUCUGCUGGCCAGUCAGAGCUAGACAUUCAGCACAUAUUAUGUCUGCCUGUGUUGGCCCAUUCCUGCUUUUUAUGAAUUAUUCAGUAGUUGAGUUAUGAUCCUUGACACGGAAGGAUUGCUCAGCAAACAUAGUCCUGAGAGCCCGAUGAUCCUGAUGCUCCAAUUCAUAAAAAUAUUCUUAUCAGAUUUUUUUGUCCAUAUCAUAUCCAGACAUCAUUACUCCAUUAAUUGGGUUAAAUCCAUCUCCCUGCAGAUUUUAGUAGCGUUAUUUUCCUUCUUGUAGCUGAAGUUUUAGUUUAUUUUUGUAUUAUGAAACUGUUUUUUUCUAUGCAGUAACAUAAAGGUGCUCUUACAGUCAGUCAUUACAGUAUGUAGAGAGCAAUCCUCGUAUUUCCAAUAUGUAUUUGAUUUAUUUGUGUGGGGUUAUGUGUAUGUUCCUGUGGGUUUGUGUGUGUGAGAUGGUCAGAUGUACAGAGCUAACGUCUGGGAAAAUGUUUGUGUUUUAUAGCAUUGUUCCUGCUAAUAAUAUUUAUUACUCUAGAUUUGUAAAGAUUAGUUUGUUGCUAACUUGUGAAACAAAACAGUAUUGUUCAGAGAUAUUUGUUUCUCUUUGAAGGUUUGUUUCUGGUUUCACCCUCCAUUUCCAAGUGGUGAUAAAUAGUUGUGAUAAACAAAAAUUCCUGUUUUAUGGACAGAUUUCUAUACAGAAAUGGAAUAAAUUUCAGAGAAUUUUGCCUAAGUCAA